GUCUGGGCAGCCUCAAACCCCAGCUGUCAGAGCCAGGACGCCCAGUACGCCCGCACUUGCUCUGUUUCUCUUCUGCAGACUGUGCCAUGGGGCUCAGCGACGGGGAAUGGCAGCUGGUGCUGAACGUCUGGGGGAAGGUGGAGGCUGAUGUCGCAGGCCAUGGGCAGGAGGUCCUCAUCAGGCUGUUUAAGGGUCACCCCGAGACCCUGGAGAAAUUUGAUAAGUUUAAGCACCUGAAGUCAGAGGAUGAGAUGAAGGCCUCUGAGGACCUGAAGAAGCACGGCCACACGGUGCUGACUGCCCUGGGGGGCAUCCUUAAGAAGAAGGGGCAUCAUGAGGCAGAGCUGUCGCCCCUGGCCCAAUCGCAUGCCACCAAGCACAAGAUCCCUGUCAAGUACCUGGAGUUCAUCUCAGAAGCCAUCAUCCAGGUUCUGCAGAGCAAGCAUCCUGGGGACUUUGGUGCCGACGCCCAGGGAGCCAUGAGCAAGGCCCUGGAACUCUUCCGGAACGACAUGGCGGCCAAGUACAAGGAGCUGGGCUUCCAGGGCUAAGCCCCCCAGACGCCCCUCACCCACCCACCCACGUGGGCCAGGGCCCCCCGCGGAGGGCGGGCGCUGAAGCUCCUGUAGCUGUAGGGUUUGCUUCUGAGUGUUGCUUUGUUUAUGAGAGGUGGGUGGGAGAGGCGGAGGGGCCGGUGGUGGUGGUGGGGUGUUCAGGUGGUUUCACGUGCGGGGGGGGGGGGGAGGUUGGGGGGGCGGGGGGGGGACCAGGUUUUCUGCGGAGGGUCAUCACCCUGGGAACCGGGAGAAGCAUGGCUUGGCUCACUGUGGCCCCCAGAGUUUAGGUCCAACUUAACCCACCUCUCCCCGAAAUGCCAGCACAGUCCCUGCCAGCCUCCAAACCGACCCGCGCCUUCCUCCCCGCCUUGAAUCACCAAUCCAAGCUGUAACCCUAAACUCUAGCCAUAACUCUCUGAUCUAUCACUUUGAAGACAGCAGAACGUCCCUUAGCCCCGGGAAGGAGGCGUGGGCAGGGUGGGACAGUCACACCCAGCUCCUGGGAGGCGUGGUGUCUGGAACUUAAGUACCUUGCAGGUGACGGAUGACUCACCCGGUUUUAAUAAAAGACUCCGCACUGUC